CGCGUUCGUCAUCCAUGUCUUUCUCCCAGUUCUACCCCCUGCAGCGGCACCCCAACACCGGCGAGCCAUACCUCCGCCUCCCCGAACCGUUCGACCGCAUCAUCAUUACCCCGCCGCGGAGAGAAGACGUACCUCACAUUGUCGCAAUACUGAACGCGGAGGCCGUGAAGAAGUGGCUCGAUGGGCUGGCCUUUCCGUACCUGGAGUGCCACGGGCAGGAGUGGGUGGCGCAGACGAAGGAGAAGUCGGACGUGGUGAUGCACGAGUUGCGCGUUGCCGAAGAAGAGCAACCGCGAGGGCCGCUCGCAGCGGUUAGCGGCUGCCCGGUCAGUUGCUUGAGGGGCGAGAUGGACGACGGAACGGACGUGUAUCUCGGCGCAAUCGAGUUCAGUCGGUGCAACUUCCCGGACGUGCGGGAUAAGAAGGAGCAAGAGCGCCUAGUCGCCAGGAACGAGAGCAGGAGGAGAGGCGAUCCCAGUAUAGUGUGGUGUGUAGGCUAUUAUCUGACCGUGCCGCUGCAUGGCCAGGGGAUUAUGAGCUGCGCGCUGAACAUGCUCAUGCGAUUGUGGGUUGUUCCAAGAAUGGGGGCGCGGGUUGUGCGGGCAGAGACGAUCAUUGGGAACCGGGGGAGCCGGCGAGUGCUGGAGAAGCUGGGGUUCGGGAUCUGCGACACGAAACGGAUGCUAUGA